AUGAACUCACAUGAUUGGCAGCCUACAAAAUAUUCACGAAUUUGCAGUGCACACUUCGUAGGGAACCGUUCUUCUUCAAUACAAUCAAGUCCUAGUUACGUUCCGAGCAUCUCGGGAAGAAAAAAUCAUGAAUUAAGUUCUAUCGAGAAAUCUUCAAUUCAACGAUUCAAUAGGAGUAUGCGUCGAAGACUGUGUAGUACAUUAAGUAUCAAGGACAAUGUAAAGAAAGUUGACGAUGUAACAAAUACUUUGAAGGAACCGCAACAGCAGUCGUGUUAUUUUGAUAAAUUUAUCGAAGGUUCUGCACUAUCAUUCAAAGUUAACCAGGAGGGUCAGGUUUCGAUGUUUACAACUUCUGUGGGUUAUCAAAAUCUCUAUGAAAGAACAGAGAUGUUUAUUUGCACUCAAUAUGUGUAUAAUGAGAUUUGCCACGCACAAACUCAAGUGUAUAUACCUGAAAACCGUGGCUUACAGAUUGCUAAAAGAAGGCAUGAAACGACUCUCCGUUGAGUUGAAUUAGCGAACCGGACUAGCUCGUCGGACCGGAGUUCGCGUAAGAGUCAGGGUACGAUAUUAAGUACGAAAAUCUGACGGACAAGCGGAUUUAUUUGAUGACAGAAUUAAUGAUAUUUACAAGUGCUCGGAUGAUCGUAUUUACAAUGCGUAUUCACGCGGAGCUACGGCCCGCGUGGCUACGGUGACGGUGCGCGGCGCGUGCGCGAUACGGAUGCGGCCGUGAAGCGAGUUAAAGAGCCGCGCAGCGAGUUAAAUCACCG